AACUGUCUAAAAGGGUAAAUUACCAUAAUACAUCAAUAAUCCAUUGUCAAUCCUUGGUUUCCCACAUCAAGUUCCCACUCUUUGCCUUGUUUCUGACCAUAUUCCAUCUCUUCACCCGCAAAGAUGUCAAUGGAGCAAAGCAUCAGCUUGGAGGAGACAAACAAGAUCCGUAUAUCGCUCGGUCUCAAGCCGCUGUCUGAAGAUGCAGCUCCGGCAGACGACAAGGAGAAACAAGCAGAGUCCAACUAUGCUCAAGAGCGAGAGAAGGCGGCCAAAGAGAAGGAGAGCAGGCAAAUCCAGGAACGCAUAGCAAAGGUGAGAAACAAGCGGGAAUUGCAUGCAAAACUCAAGGGUGCGACGUUGGGUGACGCCGAAGGCGAUGUAGACGAUACCCUAAAAUGGAUCAAGCGAAACAAGAAGAGGGAGAAGGAGCUGGCGAAGAAACGCCAGGAGGAGUUGGAGAGCAUGGACAAGGCCUUUCAGGAUGAAUACACAGAAAGGGAUCUAGCCGGCUUGAAGGUUAGCCAUGACUUUGAAGAGUUGGAUGAGGGCGAAGCCCGUAUCCUCACGCUCAAAGACAGUCGCAUCCUCGAUAACGAAGAGGAUGAGUUGCAGAACGUGGAAAUGGCUGAAGAAGAGCGCACCGAGAAGAACAAGGAGCUCAAGAUCAAGCGACGAGACUACACAGGCUAUGACGACGAGGAAUUCGCUCCUGGUCAUGCUGGUAUGAAACGUGCCGUCCUCUCCAAAUAUGACGAGUUUCUUGAGGGUCCGAAAGAAACGGGCUUCCGACUCGGUGGAACUUCGACCGUCCUAACUAAAGACCUCUCCUCUGUGGAAAAGGGGAGCAUAGAAACAGUGAAGAAAUCUCUGUUAUCAAUUGAUUAUGCUAGUAAGUACAUUUAUGUUUUGGACUUGGUCGACGUGACAUAUAACCCUUCCGCAGAGAACCUUGAAACAGCUGAUUAUCUGCAACCGGGCGAAUUCGGUUUUAAGAAGCCUAAGACCAAAAAGAAACGACCAUCUCGCCGUGUAGCGGAGUUUUCGGAUGUAGGGCCAACAGGGGGUGAUGACAACGAAAUGCAGGUAGACGAGAAGCCGAUUGUCCCCCGCCAGCGUAACCUCGAUGUCAAUUUCGUAGAUGACGAUGAGCUACAAGCGGCGCUGGCUCGCUCCAGGCGUGCGAAGCUCAAGAAACCCAAGAAGUUAUCGCCAGAGGAACUGGCUCAGCAAAUCGCUGAGCGACGGGCACAAUCCGUCACUGCGAAUGGUCACGAGAUUAUCACGAUUGACGACGACGAGAACGAGGGCGAGGGAGGUUUGACCUUUGAUGAUACAUCUGAGUUCGUCAGGUCCAUCGCCUAUGCCCCUGUUGCCAUCAAGAAAGAGCCGCCUGCAGAGCAAGCCUUGUCACGACCACCAUCCAAGCAGCCUUCCGAACCACCCGACGUGCAGAUGAAGGCCGAGGAAGAAGUCGAGCUCGAGGCUGGCGAAGUCGUUGUCAAGGAGGAGGAAGACGAAGAGGCGAUGUUGCACAGUCUUGAAAACGCUAUCAAAAUAGCGGAAGCAGCUGAACAAGCUGGAGGGAUUGCAGAAGCUGAUGUUUCUGUUGGCACCGCGAGCGAACAGACGUUCGGUCAAGGUAUGGCAGCGACACUCAACAUCCUCAGGAAUCAGGGCGUUUUGGCGCCUCCUUCCGCCGAUUCUCGCGAACGAGAGAGGAUUCAACUCCAGCGUGACUUGUGGCUUGCUGACUACCGUCACAUGCUCGCCGAACGUGAAUUGGAAAAAGCCAAGCUACGUGGAGGUAACAGAGAUCAAGCGACUCGUGAGUACGAGAAUCGUUUGCGAGAACAACAAGAGGCUCGUCAGAAUCUCGAGGCAUUCAAGAAUUACAAGCCAGAUGUCAACAUCGUCUACUAUGACGAGUUUGGUAGAGUGUUGACGCCGAAGGAAGCCUGGAAGGCUUUGUCGCAUAAAUUCCAUGGAAAGGGUAGCGGCAGGAUGAAGACUGAGAAGCGGUUGAAGAAGAUUGCGGAGGAGAGGAAGAAGGAGGCUAUGGCGAGUGGGGAUACGCCAUUGAGCAUGAACCAAGCGUUCCAGAUUCGUCAGGAGAAGGCUGGCCAGGCUCACUUCGUUCUGUCUGUUGGUAACAGAGGGUAUGUCCUUUAUGUUGUUAUCAUCUUACGCCCGUCAUUUACCUUAACUUCUCAUAGCGCUGUUCCACAAGCAGCUGAGUUCCUCGAUACUCAGCCUCUCUCCAAAGGCAAGACAGAGAAGAAGCAUAAGAAGAAGAUUGCCGAGAAAGCCUCUACUCCUCAACUCGAUUCUGGCUUUAUCACAUUACCUGCACCCAUGAUAAAUGGUGGCUUCGCAUCUCCCUCCAUUCCCUCUGGUGCUGCGAGUACAACCACCGGCUCUCCUGCACCAAGACCCGGCUUCUCCAGGAUCUCGUCUGCUGCUGUUAACUUUGAGCCAACAAGUCAGGGGGGUACACCUGUGCCUACGGAUAGGUCCAAGCUCGUUAUUGGCCUAGGCAAGCGAAAGGCAGGUGAAGAGCCGCACGGAACCCCUCCGUACAAGAGACGUUGAGGCAGGUUCUUGAUGUUAGCGGAUGAUUUGGGGCGAGUCAUAGUGAUAGAGGUAUCCAGAGAUACUUGAGUCUCGUUGUACUGUAUGUGUUAUCAUUAUUUUUUAGGACAAUUCUUAUCACUGUAAACAGCACUCACCAACCCGUCUUGCGACACCGGUGUUGACGUGAAUCUACGUUGGAUCAUUGAAGUUGAGGAUCUCGUGCCACCUGGCAGAAGCCAUCCUCAUCAGCAGCAGCUAUACCUCGAUGACUUGGAGAGUCAAAUGUUACACGGCAUCCUUGCGAUUUACGGACCGUACAGUCCUGUUUCAUGGCAUUGCGCUUCUCUACUUCGAAGGCGCCCUUAUUGCCUUUGGAAUUCAAACUGGUAACACUUCACAGUUUUUCGUGAAUCGGAAAGCUGCUUCACUUUAUGUGAAGCAGGAAUGAACUGCUUGUGUCUCUGCUGUGAAGCACCGAGUUGUGCGAAUGGGAGAAUAAUAUCGUAUAUGCAUACACGCUCACUAACAAGCUCCUAUCAAACCACCUUCAAUGAUGUUCAGU